CAGAGGUUUUUCUCCCACUUUCCUAUAUUUAUAGUCCUUCUAGUUGCUUCUUUCAGUACAGCUAUCCACAAAUGGCUCUGAUUCUCUCUCUUUGCUUCUUAUUCUUUAUCUCCCUCUGCAAUGCCUCACCUUAUGCUCCUCCUCCAAAGUUUCUUGAAAGACUUUUUGAUAAUGGUGACUUUGAGAUACCACCCAAGCCAUCAGAUCUCAAGAAAAGAGUGAUCGUAGGAAAAUACUCGCUACCCAAGUGGGAAAUCAAUGGUUUGGUGGAGUAUGUCUCAGGUGGGCCACAACCAGGUGGGUUCUAUUUUGCUAUUCCUCGUGGGGUCCACGCAGCCAGGCUAGGUAAUGAGGCCUCCAUCUCUCAAACCCUGACUGGUCUCAAACCGGGCUCCAUCUAUUCCAUAACAUUUGGUGCUACGAGGACUUGUGCUCAAGAUGAGGUGAUCAGGAUCUUAGUCUCUGGUCAGUCCUUUGAUGUCCCAGUCCAGACUCUCUUCAGCAGUGAUGGUGGUGAUACCUAUGCUGUAGCUUUUAAGGCAGCUUCUAGUGUUGUGCAGGUCACAUUCCACAAUCCUGGUGUUCAAGAGGACCCCACUUGUGGACCCCUUGUUGAUGCUGUUGCAAUCAAGGAGAUGCUGCCUCUCAAGUAUACUCCUGGGAACUUAGUGAAGAAUGGUGACUAUGAAAUUGGUCCUCACACAUUCAAGAACUUCUCAACUGGAGUCCUCCUCCCUCCAAAGCUACAAGACCUAAUUUCACCACUCCCUGGCUGGAUAAUAGAGUCACUCAAACCUGUAAAGUACAUUGACAAGAAGCACUUCCAUGUCCCCUCCAAAUUCUAUGCCAUUGAACUUGUUGCAGGGAGAGAAAGUGCCAUUGCCCAAAUCAUUAGAACAGUUGCUAACAACUCCUACAUUCUCACAUUUACCAUUGGCGAUGCAAAGAACGGUUGCCAUGGAUCGAUGAUGGUUGAAGCAUUCGCCGGUAAGGAAACCCUAAAAGUGCCCUAUACUUCACAGGGGAAGGGUGGAUCUAAGAUUGCAAGUCUCAAGUUCCAGGCUGUUUCUUAUAGGACAAGAAUAACAUUUUACAGUCCUUACUACCAUACCAAGUUGCAUGAUUAUGGCCACAUGUGUGGCCCUGUUUUGGAUAAUGUUAGGGUUUCCCCUGUUUCAUGAUGAUUAUAGUGGUAUGCUACAAGGUUUGAUGAUUGAUUAGAUUGAGUUAAUUUAAAGAGGGUUUUUGGUUUUCAAUGGUCAAUGAAGAAAAGUUCGUAAUAAUAUAAUGGUGGCUACCUAAUUGUUUGAUGGA